CUUUUCCUUCCUGUGUCAUUUCCUAUUCUCUUUGAAAACACUGUAAUAACCAUGUGAAAAGUGACAAUGACUGCAAGUCAGCUGUAGGUUUACUAUGUGUAGUAUGCAUACCAGAUUUGGACCCAAAUUUUCUAGAUGCCUAGAGAAAUAAGAUCUUGCAAGGAAUAAAUCGAGGCUGGCAUAUCUAAAAUGUGCAGAGACAAUUGUGUUGUCCUAGGCAAUUUUGAAAUUGUGAGGCAAAGACAAAAAAAUACACUUUUUGCUUCAGAAAAAUCUCAGAGCAUUUUUUUUUCCCUUUUAACAAAGUAAUUUAUCAAAUAAGGCUUUAAUUGUUUGUAUAAAACAUACUUUACUUGCAAGGUAUUCAACAGCUUCCUGGAAGUUAAAAUAAUAGGAUGUAAGAUACACAGCCACAGGAGUGGAGUAUCCAAAAAUAGAGUGCUUUUUGGAUCCAUAUAUGAGGAAGAACUUGCCUGGAUUUACUACAGUGUAAAUUGUAGUUGAUGAAAGAAUGAAAGCACUAAUUAAGUGUCCUUGAAGGGAAUGUGUACUGUUUCAGAGGGAUAUCUAUGAAUGUUCUUAAUAGAGAUCUCUGUAAUAGCAGAAAACUGUAAUACAUGAUUUAUUCUGAUCUCCCCCAAAACAGUCCUCCCAUUUUGUCCAUCUUCAGAAAGGACUUGAAACUAAAUGUGCUUCAGAUGGAACCCUUGCUUAUUCUUUGCUCCUCUAUCUGUUCUGCACUGUCUUGUGCAGAAGCACAAGAAGCUGUGCAGAACACAGCUGUUGUGGUCUUUUUAUUGUAAUUACUGCAGGGACUAUUUUGUGGCUACUUCAGAAGUAUAUGAGGCUGGACCCUUCCCACUGGAGGUGUACUUUUAGUGUAGCCUUUGACAUUUGCCUGGAUCUCUGGGUUGCAGCAUCUGCACAGCCUCCUUUUUAAAAUAAGAACAUUUGUUUUUAAGUAAACUUUCAUGUUUCUUCAGUAAAUUGGGUUUUUACUCAAGCCCUCAUAUUAAUAUCAUCUGCUUCUCUUUUGUACAUUAAACUUCAUCAUGGGAUUUUCCUCCCUCACAACGAAGAUGCUUUUGUGAUUAAAGUACGUUGCUGGAUUUCAGGAAAUCAAUAAUUCAGUUUGUGGUUCAACCACAAAUUUCCUGUGUGAUUGGUUGCUAUCUCUGCCUUGGUUCCCCACAGAUGUAGUGCUGAUCUUUUAUAAAUUUGCAGGUUACCAGGACCCAUCUUGAUCAUUUCAUUUAAUACUCUGCAUAACAGAAUGAAAAAAAAUAAUUGCUUCCAUAAAGUUAAAAGGUGUUCUUCUGCUGUAAUAUCUUGGAAAGUUUAACCAGCCUUAAUUUCCCUGGGUUGUAGUGAAAUAUUCUCACCUGUUAGACUCUUCAGUGGCAAUGUGUUGGGUUUUCUUUUUUAUUUAUUUAUUAUUUUGAGUUUUACCUAAAAGUUUGCUCUUUUUCUCAAAAGUAAAAGACUUGAUUAAGUAGAACUCUUAGACUAGCCAAGACAUUUCUUAAUAGUUUUCCUUAGCUAAAUUAAUGAGGUCUCUUAGUCAGUCAGCCUAAGUGUUCAACAUAGCUCAUCCUUUCAGUUAAGGAGGCACUGUGGUUGGAUUCACUAUGUGUCCAUGGAUCAUGUACUGUGCAUCCAAAAUAGGACCAUAUUUCCAGAAUAUUUUUAUUGUAAGGGUUUAUUCUUAUUUGCUUGCAGAGAUAGAUGGGUUUCUCCAGUUUAAUGCAGUGACAUUUUCUUUUCUAGAAAUAGUUUGGAAAAUGCUGCUUUGAACUGGUCUUGAGGCAGGCCCUAAGGUUCUUCUGCAUGCAUGUGUCUUGAGUCAAAAACUGUUAAUAUGGUACAAACUUCUGCAAAAGGAUUUUCAGGAAAGCUGGCCAGUAGAAGCAGGCUGCUAACCACAAACUGAAUGCCCUUUCCAUUAUGAGUUCUUCAGGCCUCCUAUAUUCAUUUGGGUUUUUGUUGUGAACCCUUUUCACUGUUCAGUGUUUUCAGCCUUAGCUAUAUGUAAAUAGUUUUGUCAGUAUAAAAGCAUGAUACCGCUUUUUUUUUUGCUUAUUAUUUUGCCCCAGAAUAUAUUUCCAAAUAGUACACCUCUGUUUCAAUAAGAAUAUUCCACUGAGAGCUUGUGUUCAGCUGAAGUCAACACCCUCCCAUGUCUCCUAAUGGGAGGCUAAUCUGAGCACUCCUUAGUCCUCUAAGUCAUAUCUUAGUUUAAAACACAGCAAAAAUGGCACAUACGGUAAUCUUACUCACUUGGUUUAAGCAGGCUAAGGACUACUUUGCAGCUCUACCAACAAGAGGAAUCAAAAGGAGAGUGUGUUAUGACAAAACAUAGUGACAAGCAUUGAGCACUGAUUCUUCUAGGCUCUGCAACUAGCAUGAGGGUUUUGUUUGGUUUAGGGUUUGGUUUUUUGUUGUUUUUUUUUUUUUAAAGUCAUUUUUGUGAUUUACUUUAAUGCAAUUAGCAUCUGCAACUAACUGAAGCUUCAUUCAAGUAUAUUGAAACAGAAGUUGUUCAACUUAGUUUAUUUCUAGGCAGUUCAUGUUGUUUUUCAUUAUUGAUCCCUUACUGCCAUUAUUUAUUGUUCCACUAUGAUUUUGUCAUCACAGAAGUUGUCAGAAGUUACGUUUUCUUUCAAAUCACAUAACUGCUUAUGAAUCUACAGAACAAUACAAGGCUGCCAACAGAGUGAUCCCUUUGAUGCUGAACUACAAUAUCUACCGAAUUUAACAAUUUACCAUAUGUGGGCUAUUGUGAUUUUCCUCAUCUCCCCUUUGAAAUUCUCAUUGAUCAAAAUGAUAAGCAAGAUGAAGCCAGAUGUCUUACAGAAGUCCUCUGUGUCACCACAAUUAUUUUGUCAGCCCAAAUAAUGACCCCAUUUAAAGAAGGUGUGGAGGCUGGGAACAGCCUAUUUUCUCUAGAAGUGACUAGAGUGCUGCUAUUUAUGUAUCUGUCUGUUAUUUUCUGAUAUGUUAAUGCCUGCAGAGACCUCACUGGCCGUUUGUUUCUCAGUAUUCCUGAAUAGCUAGUUAUAACUUUCAUCCUCUCAGUUUCAUUUUCUAAAAUAGCACAUCUUUUCCAACUGUCAUAUUUCUUUUUUUUAUUUUUGGAACAGUCAAUACUAGGCUGGUAAUGUUUUGAUGUCUAGGGAUGCUUCAAGGCAUGUCUGCUUAGUUCUAAUAAGUGCUUAUUCUGUUAAAAAACAACUGUGUUAGUUCAUCUUAAAUUUCUUUCAAAAUGCGGCCCAUUUACACCUUAAUUUAGCCUUGAAAAUAGGCACAGAAUGGUAUGGUAUUCUGCUUAUUCCACCCUACACUGAUUUCUUUAUACUUUGUCGCAGUAUGUAGAUGGCUUCUAAGAGCACACUAAGAUACAUUGUAUAUUUUUUUCCUCUGCAUUUAGGAACGGAUUUACUCAUCUGUGCAGGAUAAGCGUGGUGGUAUUUUGCUAUAGGUGGCAAAAUAAGGAAAAGAGUGCCCUGCAUCACAGUGGAAGAUGAUAAAGCUUAUAAUCAUCCUAAAUUUCUCAUAGCCUUAAGAAACAGAAACAGGAGAGGCUACAGAAGUUGUUUCUGUAUUGUUGUUCCUUCUUCCUUCUCCUUCCCAACAGAAUUAACUUGAUCUGAACUACUCUGGUAGGUGUUGCUAUCAGGAUUCACUACAGAGUGUUUGGACUGAUCUGUAGAAGUUCUCUCUUUUGCACAGAUAAACUUUACUCACGUGGUAACAGGUUGACCUGUUGAUUUUAGCCCUAAUUGUGAUGCUGUUUGAUCUUUUUUUUCUGUCUUGGAACACUGGAACUUUUAACAAAGGGGUAAAAGUUGAAUUUUGUGUGAGAAGAAAAUACGUAAAACAUAUAAACAUGUUUGGAAUAUUUAGGUACCCUUGCUACUGCAGAAAAGAAAGGGAUUCCUAAUGAAGGGUUUUAAGAGGAAAGGACUUGUAAAAUCUUGAAACUAUGAACUUAGACCAGACAUUCAGGAUUCAUCUGAAAAAUGUUAGCAUGCAUGUUUAAAGUUUUAGUCUGUGUUUCAUUUUUAAAUUUUCUAAAUAUCAUUUUUUCUAUACCUCUCUGCUCUUUCCCUCCAUUCUUAUUUCCCAUCUCUUAUUCUUUUCCUUCAUCUCGUUUUCACCUCUUCUAGUUCCCCCCUGCCAAGUUUCCUCUCCCUGCUUCUCUCUGUCCCCUUUUGCAUUAAUCCAGGUCCUUGAAUUCUGUAGAGAAACUGUAUUUAUUAGAUAAAUUUAAUAAAAUAUCGUCCCUUUUCAAGUUAGUUAGAUGAACUGAACUGCAGAAUCUGCAGCUACAUACAGUUGAGAGACCAGUAAUUGAUGACUCAUACCUGGGAAUAUUUUUCACUAUUGUGUUUUGGAAACCACAAAAAAAUUUUUUUUAAUAAUUUUUCUCCUCUGUAGGCACAUUGGCACUUUAGAUAUGAAUAUAUAUAUGGUAAUAUAUGUGAUAUAAUGUAUAUACACUGUAGAUCUUCAUGUACACAGAGGCACAUAUCUGUAAUACAUGUAUGCCUUUUAAGUAGCACUGGAUGAUAUGUUGCCAGGAAACUUUAUAUAGUUUCUGUAUUUCUAGAUAAGGCUCUAAAAUUACCAGUGGUACUGGCUGUGCCUAAAUUUAAAGAUUAUGGGAAAUGGUUAUAGCAAGCUGCCACAUAAAUAAAUAAUUGAAAGUGAAAGGAGGAAGGUAGAUUCAUGAGAAAGCAUUCCUUUCCAAAAUGCAGCACAGAGAGAUGAAAACAAAUUGAAGACUGAAUCUUAGAUGUUCACUCUGUACAUUAAGUUUAAUGGUGCUAUCGACAGCUUCAUAUGACAGGAAAUGAUCUGGGCGUUUUGUUCACUUAUUCUGGAUGCCCUUAGUUUCAGAGAGCAACUGGUAACAUGGAUUGCACCUCGGAAGGGGACAGCUGAACUCUCCCUCUGGCUUUAGUAAGGAAAAAGCAGCGAUGAAAUCCGUGGACUAUGUGCACGUCAUCCAACAGAAGGAUACCGCCUCCUCUCCUUCUGCCCCCCCUGGUGCUGUUUCAGGCACCACAGGACUUUUUUCUGUCACAUUCCUGUGGCUCGCAAUGCUCCUGUCCUCUUGUCUUGCAGCAGUGUCUCUUUACCAUGUUAUCACCCUGAAAACAGAACUAGAAGCUCUGCGCAGUGAGCUAAUCUACAGGCUCCAGGCAAGGUCUCCGCUAGACCAGCCACCCGUGUCCCCUGAGGAAAAUAAAGCAGGUACCCCUGUUUCUUCCUUCCUGCAAGUGUCUGCAGCUGGCACCAGGCAGGAGAACGGGCUUCCUGAUAGCUUGCAAAAGGAAAUCUGGAAUGGAAGUAGAAACAGGGGCAGACGGUCUGUUGUCCACACAGAAGAAAAAGUGCUGCAGGCCUGCUUGCAACUGAUCGCUGACAGCAAAAGUGAUAUCCAACAGAAAGAUGAUUCAAGCAUUGUCCCUUGGCUUCUGAGCUUUAAACGGGGAACAGCUCUGGAAGAACAAGGAAAUAAAAUAGUGAUCAAGGAAACAGGUUAUUUUUUCAUAUAUGGCCAGGUUUUAUAUACGGAUACAACAUUUGCUAUGGGACACCUAAUACAGAGGAAGAAGGCUCACGUGUUUGGUGAUGAUCUCAGCUUGGUGACAUUGUUUCGUUGCAUCCAAAAUAUGCCACAGUCUUAUCCAAAUAAUUCUUGCUAUACUGCUGGCAUUGCAAAAUUAGAAGAAGGAGAUGAACUUCAACUUACAAUACCACGGAGAAGGGCCAAAAUAUCCUUGGAUGGAGAUGGUACUUUUUUUGGUGCAGUAAGACUCCUCUGAAGCCCUUAAUUUCUGUUAUUAUGCUUAAUGGAAAUUUAUUCUUUUCCUAUGCCUUUGUCAUAAAAAAUACUGAGUUGUAAUAAAGCUGCCAAUUCAGUCUCUCCCCAGCCAGCACCAACUUCUGAGAACUUUUCUUCACUUUUAUAAGCAAACCCAAAACAGGAAACACACCAGACAAACUUGUGAUAUAACCACCAUGUGAUUACCAGAAAGCCAAUUUAUUUCAUACAAUGGACAACUCUAGAUAACAACUGUAAAGCAGUGAGGUUUUUGCUUUGAAACAAUGUAUUGUCCAUAAGAAAAAAAAAAGGAUGGAGUUGACAUAAAUAACAGCAUGACCAGGACCAUAGACUAUCAAAUUAUUAUCCAUAAUUGAAAAGGAAAACUAAAAUACAUGUUAGAUUUUCAUUAUUUCAUCAAUAAAAUAUUUGAAAUAUGAAGGAUGGGAAAGAAACAUCAUACGGUAGAUUCCUUAUCACAAAAUGGAGAUGUUAGGUGGGUUCUGGGUUUUGUUUUUCUUUUUUUCUUUGACACAAAGAUUUUGGGGAAAGAAAAAAUCUAAAUGUAUGGGAUAAUGUAAACAAAUAUACAGAAUAGUAGCCACUGUCUCGCUUCUUCCCUGUGAACAAGAGAUUUACUAAAAUCUAUUAGUAUUUACUAAUUAGAAUUAAUUGUAGUGGAGAAAGGACAUGUAAGAUGCUUCAACAGCUCAAUCUUUAAAGCAUUGCUACUCAUCAAGGAAUAUGUGUACAAUUCUAUGUAAACAAGGCAGGAACAGAAAGAAAUGCAGUGAAAUUAGACACAUUACAGUAGGUGGAAUUGGAUUUCUGGCUUCAUCAUUUCUGCAGUCAUAUAUAGAUGUGUAUAUAUACAUUUUAUAUAGAUGUAUUUGUAUAUAUAUGAACAUAUGUACACACACGUAUGUCUUGGACAUUUGAACAUAGAUAAAAGAUAAAAUUUAAAUAGAUAGAAGAUAAAAUUUUAUCUUCUUUUGAAUAGUUCAUCCAAUGGAAAUAUUACUUCAUACAUAUUUCUUGUAUUUCUCUUGCACCUUGCUAUGAUCCCUUCUAUGCAACUUAGUAAAAAAUAAAGUCCAAUAGACCUGGAACCAGCCAUGCAGUUAAGAAAAUACAUUUGUAUCCGAGAAAUCUGGUCUCAAUCCUAGGUUAACUAUAGGCUUUUUCUGCAGUUUUGAAUAUAUUGCUCAAUGCUGUUUCACCAAAAUAAUCAGACCUGUAGAAAAACUGAACAAGACAUCCUUUUUCCUUUUCUUUUGUCUCCUUUGUUCAAUAGAUAGGAUUUAUGUCUUUUUUUUACCCCAAAUAUUGCAUGGUCAAGAUAAUACAGUGGUAAUAGUGUGGUCAAGACUUCUAGUAGCUAUUAUAAUACAAACAUUGAGUACUUGUUCCACUGAUCUUUAAAGAAUAUUAAAGUGCUGUUGGAAUAGAUAAAAUAAUAACACUUCCUCUGUACUGUACUUCACUUGAAAAUUUUUUUAGGAUUUGAGAAUUGUGUUAUGUAAGUUUAUUUAGUAAAGAAAAGAUGCUUUGUA